UUACGUGUAGGUGUAAUCUGUGUAUAAGGAUGUUAACACAUUUGACCUUUUGAUUUUUAAUUCGUAUUGUGUUCACUCAGUGAAUCGUCGCGGGCUAACUUAGGCCUUUGGACUUCGCUUGUGUCUAUUACCUUGAUUGUGGUUAUUUUCCAACAUAACAAAGAAACGCUGAUUUCAAUAUGGCUAUGAAAUUACUGUUAUUAUCAUUAGCAAUCGUGUUUUUAUCACAAAAUUCUAGUGGUUUUCCUAGAGACGUUGGCUUGGCAGUAAUCGAAGAUGUGAAUGGAAAUGAAAAUUCUUUACCAAAUACAAAAUCGGAAGAACCUGUCUAUGAAUCAUCUAGUGUUGUUUCCACACAACUCCCGGAGGCGCCAAACGUCGUUCAUCGAGUGGCAUGCGAUAACCAGGAUGAAGAACCAACGGAAGACAUCGUCUGCCAGGAACACUGCCUUCCCAAAGGAUAUUCUUAUGGACUUUGUGUCAGCAAAACAUGCACUUGUAUUUGAAAUAUUACUUGUGAAUAAGUCAUGUACUUAAUUGGUUUAGAAAGUAAGAUAAGUAUUUGGAGACUGGUUUAACAUUAUAUUAUUUUAAAUCCAUCAA